AUCACGGCAGAACAGUUUUUUUACAGCUGUCAAAAAGUGUCAAGCAUCGAUUGAUAUUUACCAAGCAAUUUAUUUAUCGCAAAGAUAAUAUUACUUUUUUUUUUUUUUUUCAAAACAAUAUUUAUAACGAGCAUCAUUUGAAGGUGCGCAUUAAUUGCUGUAAUUAUUUAUUUUAAAAGUUUAACUAUUGGAAAAUUAUAAAAAUGUCACAGAUACCUAGUGAUGCUUCACAAGGAGCUGCGUCUUCAUCAGACCCAAACCUAGUAUCAUCACAAAUGCCAAUGCCAAUGUUGACCGUGGAUUUACCAAGUAACUCUGGCUUCAAUGAUUAUCUUCGACCACAUCAAAACACAUUUCCAAUGAGCAUGGAUGAUUUACCACCACCAAAGCUAGAUUUCUCAGCACCACCUCCAUAUGAAUUGGCUACAAAAUUACCAAGUUAUGAAGAAGUACAACGUGAAAAAACACUUCAUGGUGAACCAAUUCCCCAUGGACCAAUUAAUAUCAGUGGAGUAAGAACUCAACAACCAUUAACAAUUCUGGCACUUGAUCCAAUAAGUGCCACUGAAGUUGAUCCAGAAAGUGGUUUACUUGGUACUGAUUUUACUUUUUACACAGUAUUUUUGCUUGCAUUUUUUUUUAAUUGGAUUGGAUUUUUAUUGUCAAUGUGUUUUUGUCACACAAUUGCUGCACGAUAUGGUGCUCUUGCUGGAUUUGGUCUUUCAUUGACAAAAUGGACUGUAAUUGUCAAGCAUUCAACUGAUUUGGCAUCACGUUCUAAUUCAUGGCUAUGGUGGUUAAUCAUGGCACUUGGAAUUAUUAUUUGCUUACGUGCUGUUACUCAAUAUUUAAAUAUAAAACGUGGAUGGAAAUUAUUGUCUGGCAGUGCUCAAGAACGUCUGCUAUUUUUUUACUAAAUAUUCAUAUUUAUCUAUUUAUGUUUAAAGAGAUUAUUUACAAGAUAAAAAAAAAAAAAAACAAAAAGUUAAUUUGACCCAGUGAUGAUACUACAUAGAGUAUCUUGCAUUUUUCGUUUAUUUCUUUUUGAAAUUUAAAUUUGCACGAUAUAAUAAUCGAUAACACAUAUGAUAAAUAUUAAUUUCUAUAGUGUAGAUUGUUAUUCAAACGAAAGACUUGAAUGAAGAUGGUAAAUUACCAAAAGAAUUAAUUAUUUUAAUUUUUUUUUUGGUUUUACAAAAGAUUAAAUUGUGAUUGGAUUUGAUGGUUUUUAGCAUACAAUGUUGCUUUUAAUGUUUAAGGUGCUAAUUAAUUAUCGUAUAUACUUUGCGCCAUUAAAUAAUAUUAUAUAUAUAUAUGUUCUUUGAUAAGUCAAAAUAAGGAAUCAAAAACAAGUGUAGUAAUUUCAUUACAGCUUUUUAUUUAUCGUACUAAAAAAUCAAGUUUAAAAAUAAUCAUUAGAUGUGAUUAUUAUUUUAGAUUAAUAUAUUUAAUAUAACAAAGUAUAUUUCAUAUUAUUAAUGCAAAAAAAUAAAUAACAAAAAUUGUAAAAAUAUUAACUAAUCGUUUUUUAGAAAAAUCUCAUUAUUUUAUUUUAUUAAUUUUAUUAUUUCCACAAUGUGAUAAGUGUUACAAUAAAAAAAUGAAAAGAAAAAUUUUAAAAAUUUACUAAUUCGAAAAUAAAAUAAAAAACUAUUAACAAUGUAUAUUUUUAUGAUUAAUAAUUAUAAAUAUUAUUUUGAUUUAAACGAAAAAAAAAAGAAAAUAUUUAUUUUAAAUUUUUUACAUUUUUAAAAAUUUUCCUAAAAUCAAUAAAUAAAUAUUAUAUUUUAAUCUAAAUUAAAAAAAAUUAUGUAAAUUUGUGAUUAAUAAUAAUAUGCAAUAAAAAACAAAAAAAAAAACAUUUAAUUUAAUAUUAAA